ACCAUGUUGGCCAGGCUGGUCUCGAACUCCUGACCUCAGGUGAUCCACCUGCCUCGGCCUCCCAAAGUGCUGGGAUUACAGGCGUGAGCCACUGCGCCCGGCCAACCUUUCUUGAUUAACACAACUGGAAGCCUCUUCUUUGCUUAUGUUCCUGUUGGAAUGAACUUUUAACUUUUGGAAUGCUUACUAAUUACUUCCUUAUAUGAUAAGUUUGUGGACAGUGUCAUGACUCUUAUCACAUUAUGAGCCUCUUAAAGGCAGAAUUGUCAUUGACACCACUUUCUGCUGUGGUCAUGAGCAUCCUGCCACUUACACAAAUCUUGCAAAUGCUUGGGAGUUUCCUGAUGGUGCUUUAACAGAUGUUUGUUAAAUAGAUGGCUGUUUUGAACGUAGAGCAAUAUGAAAGCCCCAAGAGAAUGCCAAUAUAAUUUUAAAAAUCAACUAUGUUAAAAUGAGUAUUCAAACAACAGCAGUCAUAAUGCUGCGUUUACUUUCACAAUCCUGAUAAAAACUGUCAUAAAAUUAUGCUGAAUUAGCUAUUUAUCAAGGUUUUUUAAAGAACUGUCUUGAAGAGUUUGCGUGUUUUUUUUUUUUUUUUUUUUAGCUGAAGAGGAUAACAAUUUCUUCUGUGUAGAGUUAGAGCUCUCUGUUCAUAUGUAUGUGAAUUGAGUCCGUUUCUGAAGUGUGAAGACUGCAUCGCCGUGGAUCACACUGGUGUAGCCCUCCUGAGCAUGCAGCCUUUUUGGAGGAAUGUGUAUUAGUCAGCUUUUGCUGUAUAACAAACCACCUGAUACUAGUGGCUCAAAAAAACAAACAUUUCUUUCUGUACCUCACAGUUCUGUAGGGCACUGGAGUGGUUCUGGCUUGAGCGAGCCUAGCUGGACUUUGCAGUCAGCUGGCAGCUAGCUGGCUAUGUGGUUUAGGAUGGCCUGACCCACCCAUCAGGCACUCAGCAGGCUGACCGGCGGCAGGGACUCAACGGUGAUGACGCAUCCCCACUCCAUGUGGCCUUCUCAUUUGCAGUAGGCAAGCCAGGGCGGGGCAUUUCGAAGUCUCAAGAGAGGGUGAGCCCCCAUGCCCCAGCACUUUCCAGGGCCCAGCAUGUUUGCUGUUGUCCUACUGGCCAAGCCCAGAGUCAGUGCGGGAAGGGACUCCCUAGGGUAAGGAAGGAAUAGGGGGACUUUACAGCAGCCAUCUGCCCAGACACAUGAUUUGCCUGUGUUCUUCAGUCAGUGACCCUGAAUCCUGUGCUAACCUCUGGCUGGGGACAUGAGGCCAUAUCAUAGAGAAAAUUAAACAGGCUGGUACGGCUACAGAGUUUUCGAAAGGAGUUUACAGACCCUGGUUUUCCUGAAAUACUUAACAACCGUUUGAAGUUCCUUUCAACAUUUUAUUUUUUGAAGAAGCUUCAUGCUAUAAAAACAGGGAGCCUUUAAUCUGCACUCAAUAAAUAUCCCAAAUUGCCCUUCAGCAAGUCCCAUACUGCUGCUAGACCUGCUGUGAGCAUAGUGGCCCCGGCCGUUUAUUGAGACUCUUUGUGUGCCUGUGCUAGAUACAUCUCACUUCCUUCCAACACCAACCCUUGAUGUCAGCAUCAUUAUUCCCAUUUUACAGGCAAGGAAGCUGAGUCACAGAGGUGAGCUCAAUUGCUCGAGGUCAGACAGCUAGUAGGUGGUGGGGUACAUUUUGAACCCAGGUCUUUCUGAGUCCACAGCUACAAUCCAAAGAAUUCCUAACGUGGGCCAGGCACAGUGGUUCACGCCUGUUAUCCCAGCACUUUGGGAGGCUAAGGUGGAUGGAUUGCUUGAGGUCAGGAGUUUGAGACCAGCCUGGCCAACAUGGCGAAACCCCGUGUCUCUACUAAAAAUACAAAAAUCAGCCGGUCGUGGUGGCACGCACCUAUAAUCCCAGCUACUCAGGACGCUGAGGCAGGAGAAUCCUUGAACAUAGGAGGCAGAGGUUGCAGUGGGCCGAGAUUGCACUACUGUGACAGAGUGAGACAAAAUAUAUUUUAUUUAUCAAAAUAAAUAAAUAAUAAAUAAAAUACAGAGAAUUCCUAACGAGUUGAAGAGUUUUUUUCUUCAAUGUUCAUUUUUUGAUGGCUUUUUUUUUCUUUGAGACAGAGUCUCACUCUGUCAUCCAGGCUGGAGUGGUGGCAUGAUCUCAGCUCACUGCAACCCUCGCCUCCCAGGUUCAACAGAUUCUCAUGCCUCAGCCUCCCAAGUAGCUGGGACUACAGGUGCCUGCCACCGUGCCCGGCUAAGUUUUUUGUAUAGACGGCGUUUCGCUACGUUAGCCAGGCUGGUCUCAAACUCCUGACCUCAAGUGAUCCGCCUGCCUCAACCUUAAAUAGUUGGAUCAAAUAACCAGGUUCAAUUUGAUGGUAAAUAGCUCAGAAUAGAAACUUCACUGCUAUUUCCAGAUGUCAUUUUAAAAUAUUUUAGAAUACCUGAUUUCUCCAUGACCUAUCCAUGCUUUUCUAAGGUUCCAAACUAAAAUGCAGAAUCUUGAGUUAUUCCAGAACAUAGAUUUAAAAUUUGAUCAGAAAAUAACCUUCAUUUAAGAAAUGAGGGGUCAGGCAUGGUGGCUUACACCUGUAAUCCCAGCACUUUGGGAGGCCGAGUUAGGUGGAUCAUUUGAGCCCAGCCUAUUUAUUUAUUAUCCUAUUAUGAGCUUGAGACUAGCCGGGGCAACAUAGUAAAACUCCAUCUCUACAAAAAAUAUAAAAAUUAGCCAGGUGUGGUGGUGCACACCUGCAGUCCCAGCUACUUGGGAGGCUAAGGUGGGAGGAUCGCUUGAGCCUGGGAGGUGGAGGUUGCAGUGAGCCAAGAUCGCGCCACUGCACUCCAGCCUGGGUGGCAGAGUGAGACAUCUCAAUUAAAAAAAGCGGGGGGAGUAGUGCGUCCCUCUUGUGUGGCACCCUCCCUCCUCUCCCCGCUGCAGCCAUAGCACAUUGCACAUAAACUGCGUCUUCAUACUUACCCAAGUAUUGUAUCUGCCUGGGUGAGUCUGUUCCUGUCGCUAAAAUGUGAACUCCUUGGACAUAGAGACCUUGUCUUUGAUCUCUGUAUCUGUCCCCAGUGCCUGGUAUAGUAACUGGAACCUGCCUUUUUUUUUUUUUUUUUUUUUUUGAGAUGGAGUCUCACUUUGUUGCCCAGGCUGGUGUGAUCUUGGCAGUGGCAUGAUCUUGGCUCACUGCAGCCUCUGCCUCCCGGGUUCAAGCAGAUUCUCCUGCCUCAGUCUCCUGAGUAGCUGGGACUGCAGGCGUGCGCCACCACGCCUGGCUAAUUUUUUUUGUAUUUUUAGUAGAGACAGGGUUUCACCAUGUUGGUCGGGCUGGUCUUGAACUCCUGACCUUGUGAUCCACCCACCUCGGCCUCCCAGAGUGCUGGGAUUAUAGGCGUGAGCCACCACGCCUGGCCACCAAUUUUUAUUAUAUGAUUUUAUAACUAAAAUUUCAUGUCUAGCAGUGAAAUUCUUCUUUUUUAUUUAUCUUCCUUUUAGUCCUUUCUUUCUCCUCGGAUCUUUCCCCUUCUAUCUGUCUCAGUUCCUUCAUUUUCCGUAGCUCUCCAUUUCUCCCAGCAUCUGCUGCUAGUCUAGUCUCCUGGCUCUUAACCUUUUUGAGACACAGACUCCUUUAAUAAAGUGAUGAAGAAAGUUACCUCCCCAGAAGAAUACACACAGAGAACACAGAAUAUUUUGCAUAUUAUUUCAAAGGUAAAGAAUGCCAAGAAGCCAGGGGCAGUAGUUCAUGCCUGUGAUCCCAGCACUUUGGGAUGCUGAGGUGGAAGAAUCACCUGAGCCCAGGAGUUCGAGGCUGGCCUGGGCAACAUGGUGAGACCUCGUCUCUACAAAAAAAAUUUAAAAAUUAGCCAGGUGUGCUGGCACAUGCCUGUAGUCCCAGCUACUCAGGAGGCUGAGGUGGGUGGAUUGCUUGAGCUCAGGAGGUCAAGGCUGCAGUGAGCCAUGAUUGUGCCACUGCACUCCCGCCUGGGUGACAGAAUGAGACCCUAGCUCUAAAAAACAAAGGAUGCCAAGUGUCUAAACUUUGACCUCCUUGAGGACAAAAACUAGGCGUUUUUCAUCCUAUAUGCCCAGUAUCUUAGUCGAUGUUUCUUGAGUGUAUAUAAGUGUGCAGAUGCCCACAAACACGUAAAUAUUAGUACAUGUUGUAGAAAAGCUGUUGUCAGGAAGAUAUUUGUACACUCUGGCUUUCCACUAUGAUAGUCACCAGGCACAUGUGGGUACUGAGCAUUGGAAAUGUGGAUUGUCCAGAUUGGAAUGUACUAAUUGUAAAAUAUGCACUGGAUUGCACAGGCUUGGGGCAGUACAAACAAAAGAAUGAAGAUAUCUCAUUAAUAGUUUUUAUGAUUAUUACACAUUGAAAUGAUCAUAUCUUGGAUAUAUUGAGUUAAAUAAAAUAUAUUAUUAAAUUAAUUUUACCUCUUUAUUGUUACUUUUCUAAAAGCAGCUACUAGAAAAUUUUAAAUUAUACAUGUAACUGCUCAUAGAAGGUUGGUAUCCGGGUUAAUUCAUUAGUGUAGAUUCAUAAACACAGUAAUUUUCUUUAAUUUCAUGGAUUCGUUGAACUAAAGAUCCCAUAGGUCACCGCCUUUCCUGUCCCUCCUCUACCACCAAAAAUUAAUGAGAACAAAUGGGAAGAAUUUACUCUGCUUUUAAAGGUACUCUGAUACAGAUUUUUCUCUACUGUCAUAAGUAUACCUAGAACAAAAGCACUGUUGACUCAAGUAGUUUCACUAAUGAAAAGGAAGCAGAAGAAUGACUAAUGUAAAUUGGAGGAGACACUGUUUUAUUUGGAAUGCUUUGGUUAUUCCACUGUGGAACAGGUGUGGCUGCUGUUGAAACAGCAGAGUCAUACUAGGCAUAUCUGACGUGAGGAACCGGAGCAUUGCUCAGGGGCCACUGCCUUCCGAUGAAUGGAUGUAGGAUCCAUCAUACUUCAGAUUGCUCCUUUCCAAUACAAACUCUGAUGCAGAAAUGCACUUGGUGUAUUUGCUUUUUCUUACUUUCUGGUUUAGGGCAGAAAUAAUAUUUUGGCUUAGAGACUUUUGUCCUGAACUGUGACAUAAUAGGAUAAGAAUAUUCUGUCAAAAAUAGCCUUACAAGGUCCUUUUUGGCAUUAAGACUUCUGGAGUGAGUUUGCGGUGGAUUAUUGAGAAUAAUUCUGUUCAUUAGCAGCUAGCCAUCUUUGAUGAGUGCUGACUUCUCUCCUUUCAGCACAAAGCGGGAAAUGCCUGCCUCCGAUGACUCUGGGUUGGAGUGAAGGGGAAUGCAUACCAGCCACCCUCUUGCAGAGGUGGGGCAGGUGCUGGCACAGAGCCUCAGGUUAGGCCGAGGGGAUGCAAUCUCAUAUCAGCGGCCGGCAGUGUUUGUAAACAACAGGAGGGAGAUUGUGCUGGUGAUGUCCAGCUCACACCAAUGAAGAUCAACCGGUUUGUGCUUUGGGCAGCAGGCUGCAGAUGGACAUUGCCUCCUGACGGCAUCGUCAUGUUUUAGGGAUCCGUGUUGCAGGAUACCUGCCUGCAAGAGAGAGUCAAGGAGUGCUUUUUAAGCCCCUGGAGUUCAGGCCUGGCAUCUGGGUGUUAAGUAGAGUGAACCUCCUGAAGUCCAAACUAACAUAUGACAUUUUAAAAUGAGGAAAACAAAUGGCUCUGAAAAGGUCUGUAGGAUUGUAGGAGGAGACAUCACAGCUUUCCCAGAUCGGGAGGAAAAAUAUGGAAUGUGUUUUACCGCUGACUGAACACAACCAAAUGAACUGUCCUGACAGUAGUUUGCAAACCAGCAGCUAGCAGUUUGUCCAGCCUCUAACAUUGUCCAGCACUUUCCAGAGCAAACUCACUGUUUACAAGAACUCUUGGCCUUACGAAGUUUAUAACCUCAAGAUUUGUUUAUUUAAAAUAUUCCUGCAAAAGAAAAGUACUCGGCACCCACUUUCCAAAAUGGCCAUGGAUGAGUAUUUGUGGAUGGUCAUUUUGGGUUUCAUCAUAGCUUUCAUCUUGGCCUUUUCUGUUGGUGCAAACGAUGUUGCCAACUCCUUUGGUACAGCCGUGGGCUCUGGUGUGGUGACCUUGAGGCAGGCUUGCAUUUUAGCUUCAAUAUUUGAAACCACCGGCUCCGUGUUAUUAGGAGCCAAAGUAGGAGAAACCAUUCGCAAAGGUAUCAUUGACGUGAACCUGUACAACGAGACGGUGGAGAUGCUCAUGGCUGGGGAAGUUAGUGCCAUGGUUGGUUCCGCUGUGUGGCAGCUGAUCGCUUCCUUCCUGAGGCUUCCAAUCUCAGGAACGCACUGCAUUGUGGGUUCUACUAUAGGAUUCUCGCUGGUCGCAAUCGGUACCAAGGGUGUGCAGUGGAUGGAGCUUGUCAAGAUUGUUGCUUCUUGGUUUAUAUCUCCACUGUUGUCUGGUUUCAUGUCUGGCCUGCUGUUUGUACUCAUCAGAAUUUUCAUCUUAAAAAAGGAAGACCCUGUUCCCAAUGGCCUCCGGGCACUCCCAGUAUUCUAUGCUGCUACCAUAGCAAUCAAUGUCUUUUCCAUCAUGUACACAGGAGCGCCAGUGCUCGGCCUCGUUCUCCCCAUGUGGGCCAUAGCCCUCAUUUCCUUUGGUGUCGCCCUCCUGUUCGCUUUUUUUGUGUGGCUCUUCGUGUGUCCGUGGAUGCGGAGGAAAAUAACAGGCAAAUUACAAAAAGAAGGUGCUUUAUCACGAGUAUCUGACGAAAGCCUCAGUAAAGUUCAGGAAGCAGAGUCCCCAGUAUUUAAAGAGCUACCAGGUGCCAAAACUAAUGAUGACAGCACCAUCCCGCUCACGGGAGCGGCAGGGGAGACAUCGGGGACCUCAGAAGGCACUUCUGCGGGCAGCCACCCUCGGGCUGCAUACGGAAGAGCACUGUCCAUGACCCAUGGCUCCGUGAAAUCGCCCGUCUCCAACGGCACCUUCGGCUUCGAUGGCCACACCAGGAGCGAUGGUCAUGUGUACCACACCGUGCACAAAGACUCGGGGCUCUACAAAGACUUGCUGCACAAAAUCCACAUCGACAGGGGCCCCGAGGAGAAGCCGGCCCAGGAAAGCAACUACCGGCUGCUGCGCCGUAACAACAGUUACACCUGCUACACCGCAGCCAUCUGUGGGCUGCCAGUGCACGCCACCUUCCGAGCAGCGGACUCAUCGGCCCCAGAGGACAGUGAGAAGCUGGUGGGCGACACCGUGUCCUACUCCAAGAAGAGGCUGCGCUACGACAGCUACUCGAGCUACUGUAACGCGGUGGCAGAGGCGGAGAUCGAGGCGGAGGAGGGCGGCGUGGAGAUGAAGCUGGCAUCGGAGCUGGCCGACCCUGACCAGCCACGAGAGGAUCCUGCGGAGGAGGAGAAGGAGGAGAAGGACGCGCCCGAGGUUCACCUCCUGUUCCAUUUCCUGCAGGUCCUCACUGCCUGUUUCGGGUCCUUUGCUCACGGCGGCAAUGACGUGAGUAAUGCCAUCGGUCCCCUGGUAGCCUUGUGGCUGAUUUACAAACAAGGCGGGGUAAUGCAAGAAGCAGCUACACCCGUCUGGCUGCUGUUUUAUGGAGGAGUUGGAAUCUGCACAGGCCUCUGGGUCUGGGGGAGAAGAGUGAUCCAGACCAUGGGGAAGGACCUCACUCCCAUCACGCCGUCCAGCGGCUUCACGAUCGAGCUGGCCUCAGCCUUCACAGUGGUCAUCGCCUCCAACAUCGGGCUUCCAGUCAGCACCACGCACUGUAAGGUGGGCUCGGUGGUGGCCGUGGGCUGGAUCCGCUCCCGCAAGGCUGUGGACUGGCGCCUCUUUCGGAACAUCUUCGUGGCCUGGUUCGUGACCGUCCCCGUGGCUGGGCUGUUCAGUGCUGCUGUCAUGGCUCUUCUCAUGUAUGGGAUCCUUCCAUAUGUGUGAUUUGUCUUCUUCCAGCUGCAAACAGCUAAAGGGAUGGUCUGGUGUUGGCGUGUGGGAGACAUGUGCCCUCAUGCCGCAUAUACACAUCCUGGCUGUGCACGGCUCUCUCAUGACCAGCUCUCUGCCUCCCUUCCAGGAGGCUCCAUCCCACACUGUUCACCCAGGCUGCGGGGACUCACCUUCCCGAGCUAACUUAACUACUGUACAUAAUAAUAUGUAUUAAACUGGUAUCGUGGUGAUAUAAUGUGGUGCAGUUACUUAUAUAUUAAAUAUCUAUUGUAUCCAUAGAAUAGGCAGCGUUAUUUCAAACAUAUUCAAAUUGGGAGUGGAGAUCAUUGCCUAUAAGUCAAUAUUCAAUAAAUCUUGUACAUAACUAUUUCGAUGGCAAAUGUUAAGCCUUUUAAAAGGAAAGCGUAGAUUGGAAAAUGAUUUUUUUCCAAAUGAUGUUUUUCCCUUCUAAUAUACUAUAAGGUAAUGAGCCUCAGGACAGGCGACAUGACCCUGCAGAGGUCGCGUGCUGUGGGAUGACAGCGGGACGGGAGCUCACAAGUGCUUUCACUGAAGAUUUGUUCAUAUACUGUGUAUUGAUUCUUGUGUAAUAUAUCAUCAUUGCUUUUGUAAAUACGUAAAAAUGUAAUUUUUUAAUGGUGUGCUUCCCUUAUACUUUUUUGAUCAGAGAAUUUUGGAAAGUACCAAAGAAGCAGGGGAAUCAUUGGCCAGUGUUACAUUUUCACAUUGUCUGUCUCCCACCCUCGCUGAUCACGCCUGCCCCGGAGCAGCGUGUGGCGGUGACACCGUCACCCAGCAUGCGCCACGCCGUGGCUCCCACCAGCAGUGCCGCCGCUGCCACACCCCAGAUCCCGCCCACCCUGCAGUGGCCUUUCCUUGUCAUCAGAGUAGAGAAUGCACAGGUGUUGGUGAGGGUGAGCGGCUGAGCACUGCUUGUCAAGUCCAAGGUCAGUUUCCAUCCCAAUUCUCCCUGCAGCCUGAAGAACGGAUCCUUGUCUCCAGUGUCAGCACAAAGGAGGGUUUUUCUGUGCUUUGACAUUCUAGCAGUUCAGAGAUGAGAGGGAGGGGGACUCCUGGACGCUGGAUGGAGUAUUUCUCUGAGGCCCACACAAAGCUGGACACCCCCAGGCUCUACUCCAUCCCAUUGGAGUCUCUUCUUUUUUGAUAGCAGGAGGGAGGAAGUACGACUAAUGUUGGAGCCUGAAACUAUGGAAAUGCUGCUAAAAUUUUUAUAUCGACAAACAUUUUCUUGGUACUUCAUUGUGAUUUUUCAUUAAUCAACCAUAUUAAAUUUAUAAUAAAAAAUGCCCCUCAGAA